GCCACGAUGAGGACCUGGAGGCGGCGGAGGAACUUUGCCUUCCUGCUCUUCUCCCUGCGCGUCUGGUGCCUGUGCGCGGCCGCACGAAACGCUGACUGCGUGCUUUCUGAGGCGAGGCAGGGAAGCAGUCCGGACGGAGCCGAGCACCACGAGAAGGCGGCCCGACCGCAGCGCUCUGGGACCACCAUACCCCUGGUGCUGAAGGGAAAAGAACGCAGACCUCUCAGCCAGCUCGUGGCCGGGAUGUAUCCUGCGUCUCUCCAGCUGCUGGUGUCUGCGGAAGGUGAACAGCUCAUCCUGCUGCUGGAGAAAAAUGAGGGUCUUUUUGCAAGCCAUUACACCGAGACGCAUUACCAGGAGGAUGGAAGUGCAGUCACCGGCGCUCACAACUUCACGAAUAACUGCUACUACCACGGGGAGGUGCGGGCGCGCCCCGGCUCUGACGUUACCCUCAGCGCCUGCUCGGGCCUUCGAGGCUUCAUCGCACUUGAAAACAAAACCUUCAUCAUUGAGCCCGUGUCUGGCAACGACACCGGAGCCCACUUCAUCUACCGAGUGGAAGAACUCCGCCUGACCCCCGGAGCCUGCGGCCACGGCUUCAACAUGUCCUCCGUCGCUCCUGAAAAUCACAUCAAAAGCCCGUUCCAGUCCUUCCACAACAGACAUAAAAGGCAUGCUCAGAAGACCACCAAAUAUGUGGAGCUGAUCAUUGUUGCGGACAACAGAGAGUUUCAGAAACAAGGGAAGGACUUGGAGAAGGUGAAACAGAGACUGGCGGAGAUAGCCAAUUACGUGGACAAGUUUUACAGGGCCCUCAACAUCCGGGUGGCGCUGGUGGGUCUGGAAGUGUGGAGCGACUCCGAUAAAUGUCCCGUCACACAGGAUCCCUUCACCACGCUGCACGAGUUCCUCGACUGGCGGAAAGUCAAACUGCUGCCCAGCAAACCCCACGACAAUGCCCAGCUCAUCAGCGGGGUUUACUUCCAGGGCACCACCAUUGGCAUGGCGCCCAUCAUGAGCAUGUGCACGGUGGAGCAAUCUGGAGGCAUUGUCAUGGAUCACUCCGAGAACCCUCUGGGCGCGGCUGUGACUCUGGCACACGAGCUCGGCCACAACUUUGGCAUGAACCACGACACCCCGGAGCGAGGCUGCGGCUGCCGGAUGACCGCCGACCGCGGAGGCUGCAUCAUGACCCCGUCCACAGGAUAUCCGUUUCCCACAGUUUUCAGUACGUGCAGCAAGAAGGACCUUGCUGCCAGCCUGGAGAAAGGCGUCGGCAUGUGUCUGUACAACAUGCCCGAAGUCAAGGUCCUCUAUGGAGGACAGAAAUGCGGCAAUGGCUACGUGGAGGAGGGAGAGGAGUGUGACUGCGGAGAGCCAGAGGAGUGCAUGAACCCAUGCUGCAACGCCACCACGUGCACCCUGAAGGGAGACGCGGUGUGCGCCCAUGGCCAGUGCUGCGACGACUGUCGACUCAAACCCGCUGGCACCAUGUGCCGGGAGUCCAGUAACUCAUGUGACCUGCCGGAGUUCUGCACCGGCGCCAGCCCUCACUGCCCCGCCAACGUUUAUCUCCAUGAUGGACACUCCUGCUACGACGUGGAAGGCUAUUGCUACAACGGCAUCUGCCAGACUCACGAGCAACAAUGCAUCACCCUGUGGGGACCGGGUGCCAAGCCGGCCCCUGGGAUCUGUUUUGAGAGAGUGAACUCUGCGGGGGAUCCUUACGGGAACUGUGGGAAGGACUCCAAAGGCCUCUUUGCCAAAUGCGAUGCCAGGGAUGCACAGUGCGGGAAAAUCCAGUGCCAGGGCGGAGCCAAUCGCCCGGUGAUCGGUACGAAUGCAGUGUCCAUCGAGACCAACAUCCCCCUGCAGGAAGGAGGCCGCAUCCUGUGUCGAGGAACGCACGUUUACCUCGGGGACGACAUGCCCGACCCCGGGCUCGUCCUCGCCGGGACAAAGUGCGGAGACAGCAUGGUGUGCCUGAACCGGCAGUGCCAGAAUGUCAGUGUCUUCGGCGUGCUCGAGUGCUCCGGGAAGUGCAACGGACGUGGGGUGUGCAACAACAAGAAGAACUGCCACUGUGAAGCGCACUGGUCCCCCCCGUUCUGCGAAAAAUCCGGCUUUGGAGGGAGCAUCGACAGCGGGCCAAUGAGACUGGCAGAUGUGCGUGUGUGUGUAUUAAUGUGCGUGUUGUCGUAUGUGGCAUCAGCCGACAGUGUGAUCAUUAUUGUGGCAAUCCUGGUGACCCUGGUCAGCCUUCUGGCAGCCUCAGUGGUCGUCUUCGUGAAGAGGAAGACUCUGCUGCGCCUCCUCUUCACCAAUAAGAAAAGCACGCUGGAGAAGCUCAGAUCUGUGGAAGUCAACAGGCCCACCAGCCCCAUCAGGACCGAGUCUCUGUGCAGACCCACGCCGCUCCGCAAGCCUCCUCCCAAACCCUCUGGAGCCGGCGUUUAUAAGCCGUCCCUCCUGAGCGCCGAGCCUCUGCUGCCGCCGCACAACUUCCACUCCCACAGCCUGCGCCGGCUGCCGCUCUACCAGCCCCUGCACAUCAGCCACCCCAUGCCGGCGUCCCUCAGCGUGGGCCAGCCCACCCUGCCCCCUCUGCCGGCCCUCCACCGGGUCCUGCCGGCCCGCGCGCCGCUCUCGCCUCCCCAAGUGCCGCCGUUUCUCAGCCUGCCGCGCCACCAGCCGUCCUACCGAGCGGAGCAGGACUUUGACAAGCCCAGCCCUCCCAGGAAGCCCCUCCCUGCGGACCCGCUGGGGAGGAGCGCCCGGCUGGGCCACGGCGUCUCGGCGUCGGGGGUCCACAUCCCCGGGGCUGGGCCUCUCCCCAUCCCAACACCGACUGUGCCCAGGCCUCCCCCCACCAUCCCUUUACCAAGCAGACCCGUGCCGGCGUUGCCCUACAGACCACCAAAGACUCAGAAGGACUGCUGAGUUGAGAAGAUCUCGCACUAAAAGACACAGACUUUCCCUUUUUUGCACUAAGAAGUGACUCUGAGACCUUUCGGACUCUUGGAAGCGUCACGGAGUUUCUCACGUAAGGGGGCGAACAUCGCACCUCGGUGCUACGCCUCGAAAAGGUGCUUUGUUGUCCUCGCUCAGGUACCAAUGAACUAUUUAUCUAUUUAACUAUUUAACUCCAGCCGUGCUCGUUGGUGCACGGACUGCUCUGAUGAGGAGCCGAUGUAGGAAAGAGAGAAACCACGGUGUCAUUUCGGAGAUUUCUUUUGCAUCCUUUGGUGAAUUUUUAUACCGUUUUUUUUGCAAAUGAAGUGCUGAAGUAUACAAUCUUUUUAAAAACCAGUACAGUUGCUUGAAACAUAGAAGAGCGAAAAAGUUUUUCCUUUUUUCUGUACUUGGAUGACAAGAAAGGGAAAAGGAGCACAAGUCAAAGAACAGGGUUAUAUUUUCAGUUUUUCAUAAUCUGAAUGGUAUUUAGUACCAAAUCCAUCCUCUUGAACAUAACUGCCAUGGUGCUGAAUCAAAUCCAUCUUUCAACAGUUACUUCAUUUCUUUCUUCUUUUAUUGUUGUUGAGUAAUCAUGUAAACACUCCACAAAAACAGUGACUUCAGAUUUCUUUUUCCGAAUGCAUAUGCAGGCUCCACACCUUCUGCAGCUUCGCCACCGGGCUCCUUUAUUUCCUUAUAAGCUGAGUUUUGGCGGUUCGAGCGGGAGACGUGCUUCUCCCAGCGCAGCCUGGCUCGGGCCGUGUGCUGGACGCCCGUCAGCGCGUCUCCACGGACUGAUUCCGUUCCAGAGAAUUACAGCAACACCAAAUAAUUCAGCACCGACCCCGCUUGUUUGUGUGUUCGCCGUUUAACGCUCGACUUUGCAGCCAGGCCGGGAUGACUUCAGCGCCGCGAGCCGCUCCAAGCCGCCCCGCGUCCAACGAGAUGUCUCACUGUGUCUGUCGCGUUCAUGAGAUUAUUAUUCACACGCUCUCCACGUUCGGAGCUGGCUGUUGCACUUUUUUGUGUUGACUUGCUGUAACACACUUUCACCCCCGUGUCAGUGUUCGUUUCUGUUCGCCGCAGUGCUCGUU